CUUUUAAUAACGCCGCGCGCUUCCCUUGUACACCGACAUUCUGUUCUGUAAUACUACUUUCGAUUGUCAUACUACACAAUGAAUGGUACGAACGGGACCAAUGGCUCAUCAAUGGGUGCGAAACUUCUGUGGAGGCAUUCCUCGCCCGAGAGCACUCCCAUGUAUCAAUACCUCAAGACAGUGAACAAGAAGCACAGCCUACAGCUGUCAAACUAUGCCGAUCUGCACCAAUGGAGUAUUGACAACAUAGAUCAUUUUUGGCAGAGUGUUUGGGACUUUGUUGGCGUUAGGGCUCAAGGGAGAGCAGCAAGAGCAGUGGAUCCGGACGCGCCCAUGUUUCCUCGCCCAGCGUUCUUUGAGAGCGCAACGUUAAACUUCGCCGAGAACCUCCUCUUCCCUACACAAGAAGUCGACCCAGAGGGGCCGGCUGUCAUCGCUGUGACUGAGACCACACGUGAGACAGUGACAUGGAAGGAGCUCAGAGAAAGAGUCAGGCAAUGCCAGGCAGGCAUGAAAGCCUUAGGACUACAAGAAGGCGAUCGAGUCGCUGGUUACGUCGCAAAUCACACCAACGCGCUCGUUGCUAUGCUAGCCGCGACCUCGCUUGGAGGCAUCUGGACAGCAGUCAGCCCAGACACAGGUGUACACGCUGUAUUGGAACGGCUACGACAGAUCGAGCCGGUGAUACUGUUUGCGGACAAUGCUGCUUUCUACAAUGGUCGUAGUCAUCCGGUGCUACCCAAGGUCAAUGAGAUCUCAGCUGGGUUGCCCUCCCUUCAGGCGGUCGUGGUCUUCCCUACCGUAUCUUCGGUACAUGUUGACCCUACUUCCAUCAAGAUGCCAACAGGUAAAGCUUAUGAUUAUGCGUCUUUCACAAAUCUAUCGAAGAAUCCGGAGUUGAGCUUCAAGCAGCUCAAUCCUGAUCAUCCUGUCUAUAUCCUCUACUCGAGUGGUACAACCGGUGCACCGAAGUGCAUAGUCCAUGGAGCCAUCGGUACACUUCUCCAACACAAAAAGGAGCACAUUAUUCACUCCUCGAUCACCCCCUCCUCGCGCCUCUUUUAUUUUACCACUUGUACAUGGAUGAUGUGGCAUUGGCUCGUGUCCGGACUCGCCUCUGGGGCUACUUUGGUGUUGUACGAUGGGUCACCUUUUCGCUAUGUUGAUAGCAGCAACCCUUCAACAUCUGUACCGGACGAUCUUGCCAUGCACCGUCUGAUCGAGGAGUACGGUAUCACUCACUUCGGCACAUCUGCAAAGUACCUCUCAGUCCUCGAACAGAAGUCAGUAGACCCUAAGGCUGCUGGUCUGGCUUUGAGCAAGCUGGAAGCAAUCUAUUCAACUGGCUCCCCACUUGCCCCAUCCACAUUCUCCUACGUUUACUCUGCCUUCCCUUCUACAAUCAACCUUGGCAGCAUCACGGGUGGCACAGAUAUUAUAUCUCUCUUCGGUGCACCAAACCCUCUCAUACCAGUAUACGAAGGAGAAAUUCAAGCCGCCGGACUUGGUAUGGCGAUCGCGGCGUUUGACUACACUGGAGAAGACAUAUCAUCGAGCGGCGAACCAGGCGACCUUGUGUGCACGAAGCCGUUCAUCUGCCAGCCUGUUGCAUUCUGGGGUGGAGAGGGCGCAAAGAAGUAUCAGGGCUCGUAUUUCGACAAGUUCACCAACAAGAAGGGCCAGCCGAUCUGGCAUCAUGGCGACUUUGUGCGCUUCAACCCCAAGACUGGCGGUGUUUGGAUGCUAGGGCGGAGUGAUGGUAUCUUGAAACCGGCUGGUGUGCGCUUCGGCUCAGCAGAGAUAUACAACGUCGUACUUGAGCACUUCGGCGAAGAAGUCUCGGAUGCUCUAUGUAUCGGGCGGAGAAGGGAAACAGACGCCGAUGAAACUGUAGUCCUUUUUUUGAAGAUGGCAGAGGGGCAUCGUGUCUCCGACGAGCUGGUGCUGAACAUCAAGACUGCGGUCAAGAACUCACUGAGUGCAAGGCACGUUCCAGCUGUUGUCGAGGAAUGCCCAGAGAUCCCGGUAACAACGAACGGGAAGAAGGUCGAGGGUGCAGUCAAGCAAAUACUUUGCGGGUUGAACGUGAAGACGUCGGCCAGUGUCGCAAACGCAGACUGCUUGGAUUGGUAUCGCGAAUGGGCACGCACUCAUUGAGAAACGCGUGUGCGUUAGAGGUCAGCAACGAUAUGUUUGUCAAGAUAAGGAUCAAGCAUGCUAUAUGAUACCAAAAGACGUAUAGAUGUCAUAAU